AUCACCCAAAUAACAAGAAAAAAAUGGGACUACGUAGGGCUCGUAGGUAAAUUUGCAUUUGCAUUAUUACUAAGCAUUGAUUAAGUGUGUUUCUUGCAUUGUGAUUGUGUACAAUAUGACCUGUAAAUUUUCAAAUUAAUUAAAAACAUACUAUUUGUGAUGUAAAUUUAUUCUUAAUUACGUACUUACAUAAAAACAAAGGUCAAGCAAGUCAAAAUGCGAUUAAUUUGGUAUCAGUGCAAAAGUUUUUGAUUAUAAACAAGACUUCAUGAAAUAGAUAAUGUGAACAAAUAUGAUGAAAUAGAAAUCUCGGUGGAAAUUGUGGUGAUGUUUAAGCAUCGGUGACAGCACACAUUGUUUUUUAAUGGGUUGUGCAGUGUCAUGUAUGAAUAGAGUGGCGAUGUCUUUAUUUGGGAAAAAUUCACAGCCCGAUGAUCAUUCACGUGCCAAGCUAGAGAGGAAAUUGUAUCUCGCCAAAGAAUCUCCCGAGCCAGAGUUUGAUUUAUCAGAUUGUCAGCUUCGGCAAGUACCGUCCGGUAUAUAUUCAAUAUGUAAAGUAUUCAGAAAAGAUCAUUUGUAUUUACAGUCUAACAUCCUGCAUUCAUUGGAUGGUGGUGGUCAUAUUUCGGACUUGUAUUGCUUGAAAGUGUUAAACAUAAGUUACAAUAAAUUCUCUCACUUACCAGAAGAAAUAAAAUUUUUAAUAAACUUGGCUGAGUUGUAUAUUCACAAUAAUAAUCUUAAAGAUAUUACUGAUAGUAUACAGCAUUUGCAAAAUUUGAAAAUAUUGGAUGUAUCAAACAAUAGACUUAGGAAUUUAACUCCCUAUUUAGGAAAACUAAAAGCUUUGACAAUAUUGAAGCUCUCUGGAAAUAUAGACCUUACAGAAUUAUGUCCUGAAUUGUGCCUUGCUAAGAAUAUUUUAUCUAUAGAGAUAGAUGCACAAUGCUUUGUUUAUCCUCCUCCUGACAUAACAUCUCAAGGGACAGCAGAAAUAAUGAAAUUCCUUUGUGCUAAAAUGGAGAUAUUGUAUACUCCACCACAGAUAGUAGAUCUUAUAUCAGUGCAGUCCCCAAGUUAUAUUUGUGAUCCAUUUGAUACCAAGCACAACUCUAUAACAUGGGAGGAGCAAGAAGCCGCUAUAAUUGAACAAGAAAACAAAUUUCAUCAAGCUGCUAAACAACAGAGAGAGAGGUUUUUAACAAAGGUUCUACAAGAACAGCAGGAAUUAGAUUCAGAAAUUGCAAAAGUUCAUGAAGCUAAAGAGUUGGAGAGGCAAAAAUUAAUUAAAGCUAUUCAAGAAGAUGAGAAAGAGGUUGAGUGUUUGGUCAGGAAUUUCAUACAGCAUGACCUUUUGAAACCUGAGAUUUUACAGCAACAACUGGCUUAUGAACAGGCAGAGCAUGACCGUCUCCUUGAAAUCACAAGACAGAAUUAUGAUAAUAUUAAAAAGUCUGACAUUUUAGCUGCCAUGGAAAUGCUUAUCGAAGAGGAUUGUACUAUUCAACAUUCUAAAAAAAGUUAUGAAGAUAGUUUGAUUAAUAUGAAGCAAAGUAUACUCCUGCAAGAAAUGGAAGGAAGUGAGAAAUUAGAUGAGUUGCUGAAAGCUAAAGACCAAUCUAGAACAGGAUUGGUCCAGGAGCUUAUGGAAGAUGAAGAUAUUCAAAAGGCUAUUGUAGCUUCCCUGGUUGAAAAAGUUGAUGCUAGGAGCUGGAGCCUCAAUCAAGAAAUAUCAUUAAUUUCAACACAUUUAGCUCGGCUGAGUGUAAUUGAACAGGAAAAGAAAAAAUUACAAAUAGCUUAUAAUUACAAUGAUCUCCUUCAGCAAAGAGUCCAAUUAGUUUCUUUGUUAGAUGAUUUAUUAUAUCAACAGAGUAAAAGAAGACAGCAACUCAUUGAAACAAUGAGUGAAAUGGAGAAGCAACCUCAUAAGAGUUCUGAUUUUUGGUUGAAAAAUUAUCAAAAAUUAAUUGAUUCAGCUCCAAAAAACUUGUUGGAUAUUGGGAAUCAGUUAGACCCGAUUCUCGCAAAUUAUCUUUUACAAGAGGGAGUAAUACAUUGUUUACCUUUUCUAGUAAAAUUUUUGUUUACAGAGGAAUCUUUGUUGAAUGUAACAUUGCAGGAUUUAAAACAAAAUGGAGUGUCUUUAUCAUCAGACAGAAGAGGCAUUAUACAAGCCAUCAAUUCUUAUGUGCAGGCUAAGAGUCAGGAAGAAAAAUUGAAUGACUGUAUUACCAAGGAAGGGCCAAGUGCCCCUUCACUUGAUGAAGUGGAAGAACACAAGUACACAGGAGUGAUAACAGCACAAGAGUCAGAUGUCACAGUACUAGAGUCAGAGUGUGUGAUAUGCAUGGAUGCAAAAUGUGAAGUCAUAUUUAUUCCAUGUGGACACAUGUGCUGUUGCCAGCCAUGUGGGGAAAAAGAAAUAGAUGAAUGCCCCCUGUGCAGAGGUCAAAUUGAGAGAACAAUUAAAGUCAGAGUGGCAUGACUAAUGAAUUACUAGGAUUACAGGAUCAAGACUGCUCUUACUAAAAUUAGCAAUAUGAUUUGGGACCCAAAGACUCAAUUUUAUUUGUAAGCAAACCUACUAAUAGUAUCAUAAAUAUUGAUAUACAUAUGUUUCUGUUGGACACUAUAUGCCUAUAGCUUUGCAUUGAGCAGAAAAAAUACAUCAACGAUGAUAACAAAAAGAAAUAUUAUUCAUUAUCAGUAUAUAAAAUUAAUAUACCAACUAUUAUUAAGAUUAUAUUUGAUUGGCCAGGCAGAUUAUCAAAUAUAAUUUUAUCAUUUUAUAAAUUUAUAUCUAGUUAUGAACAUAGUAGUUAGUUCAUUAAUUAGUUUCUUGUUUACAUCUGAGUUAUUUAUAUUUAUUUAUAAAAAAUAUAUAGUAACCAUACCUAUAACUUAUAUUCCUAGGAUUAUAAUAUCUAGUCGUAUUAUUUAUAAUAAAUUUAAAAAAAUCACAUGGACAAUCAAUCGAUGACAGUGUAACAGAGUAACAGGGGUAAAAAUUAUUUUUGAGUUGAUAGGCAUAGAUAAGCAUUAUGUUUCAGCUUUUUAUUGGGUGGUUAUAAAAACAGCAUAUAUGUUUGAAAACUCAGAUUUUUAUAUCAACUCCCUAUUGAAUGACCUUAUUUUUAUCAAUAGAAAAUGUUUAAAUAUGCACUAUUACAAUUUCAUCGGAGGUCGAUUUACUCCGUUACGAAAGAUGUUUUGUAUUUUAUCUGGAUACCAGUUCUGCAUAUCGCAUCUUGUUGGUAUUGUGUGUAAAUAAAAAAUACCUACUAUUGACAUAUCGUCAAAGAUUGGACGCCAGGAUUGUACGUAUUUACAAUGUCAACUCAAAUGUCAACCAUUUGCUCUACUAGUUCGCACAAUUGAUGAGACAUUCUGAUAUUGAGUGUGGGUGUGUGCCCACUCUAAAUAGGAUUUUCCUGUUUUUCUCAGUCUAGUGCUUAUAGUCUGGUUUUUUCAAGGACUAUUGAGCAUGACUACUAUUUUUUGCUGUAUGUGAUUGUUCACACAUUAUUUUGGUCUGCUGAUUAUGUUAUGCACAAAAUUAACAUAUUUUUGUAUAUCGAUCUAUAAUCAUUUCAAUUAUUGUAAUAUAUAAAUCAUUUAUAUGGCGUUUUUUGGUAAACUACACUUUAAUUACAAUUAAUAAUUAAAACUAACUAAACUUUUAGUUCAGUUUUAAUUUGGUAAUUUUUGUAAAAUUUCGUAUACUAUUGCAUUUACGUAAUAGAUAUAUUAAGAUCGUGUCAAUCUUGUAAGAUUGUGCCUUCUAUUUAACAAUUUCACCUAAAAGAGCGAUUGGCACUAAAAUGGUCCCCGUCCACGGGUUAGACUUUUAAAUUCAGUUUUGCAUUUGCUGUGUUAAAAAAAAUGCUUUUCUUUCUUGCAUUUAUUGAAAUUUCAGAAAGUUUGUGUAUUAUACACUGAAUUUUUAAUUGCUUACGUAUUUUGAUAGCUGUUUCCCAGAAAUUUUCAUUUUGAAAUAUCAAAACAUACAAAGCAAUUUGCAUAUUUGAAUUUGCGCGCUCGUUUUGAGAUAAGUCGCGAAACUCCUUUUGCUAUUUUUAUCUUUUUUCUGUAUUCACCGUAUUCUAAGUGAGUGUUUGUUAUACGUAGGUAUAUAAAAUAAUAUACGAUUAUAUUACUUUGUUUAUUGUAAGGAACAUUUCAGUUGCUGUUUUUAUAACAGAAAUCGAGAGUAAGGAACUACGCGCAUGUCUAUAGUUUGUUUUGUUCCUUUAUAUUCUGUUUGAAUUGUUAUCACAAUUUGUUUAAUACACAGUGUUUAUAACA